AGUUGCUGUGAAUAAGCUAAGAAUGGUAAUGCAGUUUCAGGGGUUAGAAAAUCCAGUUCAUAUCAGUCCUCAUCCCAGCUGUACACCACCAGAAUUUGUCACGGACAUGAUGAGUAUGAAGCCUGCUAAAGGUGUACUAACAGAACAAGUAACAAGUCCUCUGGGACAGAAUCUAGAAGUGGAACCAUAUUCACAAUACAACAAUGUUCAGUUUCCCCAAGUUCAACCACAGAUUUCUUCAUCAUCAUCCUAUUAUUCCAACCUGGGUUUCUACUCCCAGCAGCCAGAAGAGUGGUACUCUCCUGGAAUAUAUGAACUCAGACGAAUGCCAGCUGAGACCUUCUACCAGGGAGAAACAGAGGUAGCAGACAUGCCUGUGACCAAGAAGCCCCGGAUGGGCGCGUCCGCAGGGAGGAUAAAAGGGGAUGAGCUGUGUGUUGUUUGUGGAGACAGAGCAUCUGGAUACCAUUAUAACGCACUAACCUGUGAGGGCUGCAAAGGUUUCUUCAGGAGAAGCAUUACCAAAAACGCAGUGUACAAGUGUAAGAACGGAGGCAACUGCGUGAUGGACAUGUACAUGCGGAGGAAGUGCCAAGAAUGUCGACUAAGGAAGUGCAAAGAGAUGGGAAUGUUGGCUGAAUGUAUGUAUACAGGUCUGUUAACUGAAAUUCAGUGUAAGUCCAAACGACUGAGAAAAAACGUGAAGCAGCAUGCAGAUCCGACCGUUACUGACGACACUGAAGGACAGGACUUGCGACAAGUGACGUCGACAACAAAGUCGUGCAGGGAGAAAACUGAACUCACCCCAGAUCAACAGAAUCUUCUACAUUAUAUUACGGACUCAUAUAACAAACAAAGGAUGCCUCAGGAAAUAACAAAUAAAAUUUUAAAAGAAGAAUUCAGUGCAGAAGAAAAUUUUCUCAUUUUAACAGAAAUGGCCACCAGUCAUGUGCAGGUUCUCGUAGAGUUCACAAAAAAGCUUCCAGGAUUUCAGACAUUGGACCAUGAAGACCAGAUUGCUCUGUUGAAAGGGUCUGCGGUUGAAGCUAUGUUCCUCCGUUCCGCUGAGAUUUUCAAUAAGAAACUUCCAGUUGGACAUACAGACCUAUUGGAGGAAAGAAUUCGAAAGAGUGGUAUUUCUGAUGAGUAUAUAACACCUAUGUUUAGUUUUUACAAAAGUGUUGGGGAAUUGAAAAUGACCCAAGAAGAAUACGCACUGCUCACAGCAAUCGUUAUCCUCUCACCAGAUAGGCAAUACAUAAAGGAUAGAGAGGCAGUAGAGAAGCUUCAGGAACCACUGCUCGACGUGCUGCAGAAGCUGUGUAAGAUUCAUCAGCCUGAAAAUCCUCAGCACUUUGCUUGUCUCCUGGGCCGGCUGACGGAGCUGCGGACGUUCAAUCACCAUCAUGCGGAGAUGCUGAUGUCCUGGCGAGUCAAUGACCACAAGUUCACGCCACUGCUCUGCGAGAUCUGGGAUGUGCAGUGAUGAGCGUCGCAGAGGAAGGCGCUAUCCUUUUCCUCUUGCAACAGAAAUCUGAUGUCUAACUUUCCUUCAUUUCAUUUGUACCUCGUUCUAGUCAAGGAUCUUGAGGAAUAUUUAUAUAGUAAUUCUAUAACUUCCACAGUUGUAAAUACAGCGCCACAUAGAACUCCUUUCUCCACAUUAAUAGUUUACGAGGCUUCAGGGACUCGUACAUUCUCAUUGGCCUGCCCUGUUUGCCUGAUUAAAUUGAUUGUUAUUUCAACUGUAUCUGUUCAGCUAUGAAGAAAUCUCAUUUGGCUCUGUGUCUUAUCAUACUGCAUGUAUUUUAUUAUAGAAUUGUAUUCAAUUUUGGUAAUAAACAGUAAAUAAUGGCAA